CUCAAUUCAUAUGGGUCAAGGUCUUCGUUGAUGUAUCAUGCAAAAUUAAUAUAAAAGUGAAAAGGUUGACUCUUGACUUAUCUGUGUUAGAGAAAGAGAGAGAGAGAGAGAGGUGUGCCUGAGCCUGAACAGAACUUCUGGCUCCUGAAAGAAAGAGAGAGAGAGAGAGAGCAAAUGGGUGUUGAUGUGAAACGUUUCCUUGUUGUUAUGCUUCUGUUGCGAAUCUGUGAAUACGCAGCUGCUUCUACUUUUCCUCUUGCACUUCGUAAUUGCAGUGACCAUUGCGGAAAUGUUAGUGUUCCUUACCCUUUUGGGAUAGGCAAAGGUUGUUACAAGAACAAAUGGUUCGAGAUUGUCUGCAAAAGCUCAUCAGACCAACAACCGAUACUUUUGUUGCCAAGGAUCCGACGAGCAGUUACUUCCUUCAACCUUGGAGACCCUUUCUCCAUAUCGGUGUACAACAAAUUCUACAUCCAGAGUCCAUUGAAACAUUCAGGUUGUCCCAACAGAGAUGGUUAUUCAUCAUCGUCUUUGAAUUUGAAGGGCAGCCCAUUCUUCAUAUCAGAAAACAAUAAGUUCACAGCUGUUGGAUGCAACAACAAGGCGUUCAUGAAUGUCACAGGGUUACAAAUCGUGGGAUGUGAGACGACAUGUGGAAAUGAGAUACGGUCUUACAAAGGAGCUAACACGAGUUGUGUUGGUUACAAAUGCUGCCAGAUGACUAUACCACCUCUUCUUCAACUUCAAGUGUUUGAUGCAACCGUAGAGAAACUGGAACCAAAUAAACAAGGAUGUCAGGUUGCCUUCUUGACUCAAUUCACAUUGUCAGGGUCCUUGUUUACUCCUCCCGAAUUAAUGGAGUACAGUGAAUAUACAACAAUAGAGCUAGAAUGGCGUCUUGAUCUUUCCUACAUGACUUCAAAGCGUGUACUAUGCAAAGGCAAUACAUUUUUCGAAGAUAGCUAUCAAUGUUCGUGUCACAAUGGUUACGAAGGAAAUCCCUACAUACCUGGCGGAUGCCAAGACAUUGAUGAAUGCAGAGAUCCACAUCUAAAUAAAUGUGGAAAGAGAAAGUGUGUGAAUGUUCUCGGAUCAUAUAGAUGUGAGAAAACUUGGCCAGCCAUUUUAAGUGGAACUCUAAGCUCUGGAUUGUUGCUCCUGAUCUUUGGUAUGUGGUUGCUAUGCAAGGCUAAUAGAAAGCGGAAAGUAGCCAAGCAGAAGAGGAAGUUCUUCCAAAGAAAUGGAGGUUUGUUGUUGCAGCAACAAACAUCCUUCCUUCACGGAAGUGUAAAUAGAACCAAAGUUUUCAGCUCCAAUGACCUGGAGAAUGCAACAGAUAGAUUCAAUGCGAGCAGAAUACUGGGGCAAGGCGGGCAGGGUACAGUUUAUAAAGGAAUGUUGGAAGAUGGGAUGAUCGUCGCUGUCAAGAAGUCCAAAGCAUUGAAAGAAGAGAAUCUUGAGGAAUUCAUCAAUGAGAUCAUCCUUUUGUCACAGAUUAACCACCGAAAUGUUGUCAAGAUCUUAGGAUGUUGUCUUGAGACAGAAGUACCUAUAUUGGUGUAUGAGUUCAUUCCUAACCGUAACCUUUUCGAUCAUCUUCACAACCCAUCAGAGGAUUUCCCAAUGAGUUGGGAAGUCCGUCUCUGCAUCGCCUGUGAAGUCGCCGAUGCCCUCUCCUACCUGCAUUCAGCCGUCUCUAUCCCCAUUUAUCACAGAGAUGUCAAGUCAACAAAUAUCUUAUUGGAUGAAAAGCACCGUGCAAAAGUGUCAGAUUUUGGAAUCUCGAGAUCUGUUGCUAUAGAUGAUACUCACUUGACAACAAUUGUACAAGGAACAAUUGGAUAUGUAGACCCAGAGUACCUUCAGUCAAACCACUUCACAGGGAAGAGUGACGUCUACAGCUUUGGGGUUUUGCUCAUUGAGCUCUUAACCGGAGAGAAACCUGUCUCCCUUCUGAGACGGCAAGAAGUCCGAAUGUUGGGUGCUUACUUCCUCGAAGCCAUGAGAAAUGACAGACUUCAUGAAAUUCUCGAUGCUCGCAUCAAGGAGGAAUGUGAUCGAGAAGAGGUCCUUGCAGUAGCCAAACUUGCAAGAAGGUGUUUGAGCUUGAACUCAGAACAUCGCCCUACCAUGAGAGACGUAUUUAUUGAACUAGAUAGGAUGCAAUCUAAGAGAAAAGGUACUCAAAGCCAAGCACAGAAUGGUGAAGAGCAUGCACACAUCCAGAUCGCAAUGCCGGAGUCUAUGUCACUUAGUUACUCUUCUCCGAACAUAGUCGUUGAAAACAGCUCAUUCUCAUUGGACACAAAACCACUAAUGCCUCACAAGACACAGUGACUGGAAAAGUAAUACUCUUCACCUUCCAAUAUAUAAUACUUCAAUAUAGAAUGAUAUCCAAUCAAACUUGAAAGUCUUAUUGCUCGUGUGAUUGUACUCCGUAAUUUCAUCUAAUAGUUCCUCUAUACGAAAUUUAUAAGACUUUAAUUAUAUGUAGCAAAUCAAGGACAAAAACGAGACUAAAAAAGAAGCAAACUAUUUGUAUCACUC